UUUCAGGCACACAAGGCACCUCUUGACGGAUUUUCAAUAAGUGAAGAGGGCGGCGGUGCGUGCGCGCGAUAGAGCUCGUGGUUCUUUUUUUUUGCUCGCUCUCUCGUCCGCGAGAUCGUCGCGAUCGGUGGGCCUGGCGCGGUCGGUGUUGCCGCGGCGUGACGGACGGCAAAAUUCUCUCGCGGGAGAGGUGCGUGGCGUGAUACAGCAGCACCACCAGCACCAAUACCAUCACUACCCGAUACCAGCAGCAGCAGCAGCAGCGGUCAGUCGGACGACGAAAAGACAGGCGGACGAUACGCAGCAGCAGCAGCAGCAGCAGCGGCGGCGGCGGCGGCGGCGCAGGGCGAUGUCGGGCCACGUCUCGGCGGUUCUCGGCGCCUGACGGUCGCUCGCGGUCGUUCCGCCGGAAAAUGAGAGAGGCCCCCACGUCGCGGCGAGCAGCAGCUGAUGGCGGCCGAGUGCUGUACUACGACGAAGUACCAAACGUACGUCUACCUUAACGUCGUCGUCGCGUCGGCGUCCGGACGUGCGAGUGUAAGGAGGUGGAGUUGUUCGGCGGUCGCCGCGUGAAAAAGAGAGGAGCUCGCAGAGAGGUAGACACCCGCCUGUUCUCGUGCCCGCCCGUUAACGUGUUACGCUCCGCUCCGUGUGGAUUAACAGCGGCGGCGAUCGCGCAUCGUGCGUGCGUGCGUACGUGCGCGUGUGGUGCGGUGUGUGUGUGUGUGUGUGUGUGUGUGCGGGUGCACUUGUAUGUGCGUGCGUGUGUGAGUGCGCGACGACGGCCACAUUACCCGCGGCCAUACUUACUACUAUACGACGACGGACGUGCGCCCAGCUAUACGCGAGUCGUUCUAUUUCGUAACGGUGUUUCUCUCUGUUCGCCGCUGCUGCCGGCGCGGUUCGGCGGCUACGACUUCGUUCGGCGCGCACGAUCGGUAUCGUGCGUGCGUGCGUGAGCUUGUCUGCCUUCGUGCGUGCGCGAGCGAGUGAACGUGUUAAGCGGCGCCGCACCACGUUAAAGAAAGCGAGAGAAGUUUCUAUCGAGCAACCGAUCAACCAGUCAACGAACCAACCAAGCAGCCAUCCAAUCAGCCAGCUAACGGCUACCCACCACCGACCGGCGCCGCCGUCGUCGAUCGAAUCCUCCACCCUACGUUCGCCGUACGUGCGAGCCAGCGUUAAGGAGGACAACCGGAAAAGACCGGCUUUUGUCGAGCAGGUAGCGCGUUUCACAGCUAAACAGCAAGCUGUAAGCACGUACUCCGUGUAGGUGGGAGCACCGCUCACACGGAAGGACGGAAGGAAGGAAGAAGGAUAGACAGACAGACAGGGCGUGCGUCCGCGUGUGACAACGCCUAGUGAGAGAUCAUCGCGCCCCUUCGUGCCGGAGGCAGCGGCUGCGGCGGUGGCAAGUGCCGGCGAGACUCCGGAAGCCGCCGCGCACACGAGACCCGAGCGCGGAUUCGUGUCGAAUCGAAUUCUGCGCGAGCGAGCGAUUGUCCGUUAGCUCGCUCGCUCUCUUUCGUUCGUUGAUGGGCAGGAACGCCGUGAUCGUCGUCGUUGACGACGACUAGUGGGUCGUUCCUCGUGUGCUAUGCUCCUCGGACCUGUCGACGGAUUGUUCGUCCUUCUAUUAUUACUACUACUACUGUUACUACUGUUACUGCUAUUACUGUUACUGCUACUACUACUACUAUUCCUGCUUCACCGCCACUAUCAGCAUUACUAUCAGCGCUACGACCUCCUUCUACGUGCUCAUCGGCUGUUCGGGAUUGCGUGAACAGUGAAUCGUGCUUAGUCGUGAAAGAAAGCGAAUACAAUCAGUAUAAAAUACCGCCACCACCGCCGCCACCACCACCACCAUCACAACCACCACCACCAUCACCAUCAUCACCACGUGCGCGUAGACAGCGUGUUCGUGGCGCGGUAUCGCGUAUCAGUUAGUGUUACUCUAUUUUAUGAGUGCAGUGAGUUGAUCGCCAUCGUCGUCAACGUUCUCGUCGUCGUCGCUCUUGCUGUCACGACGGAAUGCGGCCUCCUCGGGGUGAAGGCAGUCGUUUCUAGUCGCGAGACGCUCUGUGCUCCGGGGAUAGGACGACACACGGAACGGGUGUAAGCGCCGAGGCACCACCGACGCACGUGCGCCACCAAGCUCGCAGAAGCUUCGCCGCCGAAGCGUCGCCGACUCCCCACAGUGCCUCCGUUUUAAUGCCAAAAUGUCGUCACUGCCGGGGAAUUUCGUGGACCGGAUAGACCCCUUCGCCAAGCGAUCCCUUAAGAAGAAGUCCAAGAAAUCGCAGGGCUCCUCGCGCUAUCGCAACUCGCAGGACGUCGAGCUCCAGCAGUUACCGCAGCUCAAAGAUGUUACACCUUCAGAGCAGGAGGAGCUGUUUAUCAAAAAGCUCCGACAAUGUUGCGUGGCGUUCGAUUUCAUGGAUCCGAUGGCUGAUCUCAAAGGCAAGGAAAUUAAACGGAGUACGCUCAAUGAAUUGGUGGAGUACAUUACAGCGGGACGAGGUGUCCUCACCGAACCUGUUUACCCGGAAACCAUUAAAAUGGUUUCUGCAAAUCUAUUCCGUACGUUGCCACCUAGUGAAAACCCAGAUUUCGAUCCAGAAGAGGACGAUCCGACCCUGGAGGCGAGCUGGCCUCAUCUUCAGCUGGUUUACGAAGUCUUCCUCCGUUUUCUCGAGUCUUCAGAUUUCCAACCUGCUAUCGGCAAAAAAGUUAUCGACCAAAAAUUUGUGUUACAGUUAUUAGAUCUAUUCGACUCGGAAGAUCCGAGGGAAAGGGACUUCCUGAAAACCGUUUUGCAUCGUAUUUAUGGCAAGUUCCUGGGUCUUAGAGCCUUCAUACGUAAACAAAUAAACAACAUUUUUCUGAGGUUUGUGUAUGAAACGGAACAUUUCAACGGAGUCGGUGAACUUCUUGAAAUUUUGGGUAGCAUUAUUAAUGGAUUUGCUCUUCCUUUAAAAGUAGAGCACAAGCAAUUUUUGGUUAAGGUGCUGUUACCACUGCAUAAAGUGAAAUGUUUAUCGAUAUAUCACGCGCAGUUAGCUUAUUGUGUGGUGCAAUUUUUGGAAAAAGACGCGACUUUAACAGAACCAGUUGUACGAGGCCUCCUUAAAUUCUGGCCUAAAACGUGCAGCCAGAAGGAGGUGAUGUUCCUCGGUGAAAUCGAGGAAAUAUUGGACGUUAUAGAACCUGUCCAAUUUGUUAAAAUACAGGAACCUUUAUUCAGGCAAAUCGCACGUUGUGUAUCUUCACCACACUUUCAGGUUGCAGAGAGAGCGUUGUACUUUUGGAAUAACGAGUAUAUAAUGUCUCUAAUUGAGGAGAACAAUCAUAUAAUAAUGGGGAUUAUGUUCCCGGCAUUGUACAGAAUUAGCAAGGAGCAUUGGAAUCAGACGAUCGUUGCUCUUGUUUAUAACGUUUUAAAAACAUUUAUGGAGAUGAACAGCAAGCUCUUUGAUGAACUUACUGCCAGCUAUAAGUCUGAGAGGCAAAAAGAGAAGAAGAGGGAAAAGGAGAGAGACGAAUUGUGGAAGAAAUUGGGUGAAUUGGAGAUAGAACGACGUAACACUCUGACAGGUAGCUCCAAUAAUGCAGUUCCUGCCACUAACACACCUACGACGCGUGCCCGCCCCUGAGCUGGUGAAAGUACAGUACCACGCUGCCCGAUUGUUAGCCCUUAGUUUACGUCGAUUGUCCAUGUACUACACACAAAAAAUUAUUGUUGUUAGCGAAACAAAGUGUCUCACGAUGGCAUUCUUGACGUUAUUGUAACUCAUUUUAUUAGUUAUGACUGGAAUGACAAAAUUAUUGGAAGGAGAAGAGUGAAAAAAGAAAAGACGAUGCAGAUAAUUAUGGAAUUUUAUUUUUUGACAACAAUAACGACAAUGCGACGACAACAAGAACAGCGACAACUCUACAACUACAACAACAUGGCGACCAGUGAAUUCCAAAUGAUUUUACACGUGUCGUAAUAUCGGAUAUAUUUCACGCUUGCGUUUCUCUUCAGUUUUUUUUUUCUUUCUUGAAACGGCGACGAUCGAUCGGUUGCAUGAUGUACUCAGUGUCGGCACAUAAUGACGGCAAAUAACGACAAAUGUUUAGAGUCCCUUUUUGACGAAGAUCUCGCUGUGCUCUCAGUAGAUGGGGACGAUCGAGUGGUGUAAAUUUCGAAACGGACGAAAUAUACACGUCGUUGUGAUCCUUUAUAUUCAUUCUCGUAGGACGCGACACUUCGCGCAUUCGUGAUGAAAGCUAAGUGUGUGUGUCGCCUCCUGACUGACCCCUUUGAGCGGAUUCUUGCCCCCGACGGAACUGGCGGGGGUGUUGUUUGAAAUGUAACAUAUAUUCGUACAUUAUACGAUAAACGAUAACUAUUAACAGGUACGUAAAAAAUUAGGUAAAUGAAAAAAAAUAUACAUAUAUAAAUGCACACACACAUAUAUAUAUAUGUGUAUAUAUAUAUAUAUAUAUAUAUAUAUAUAUAUAUAUAUAUAUAUAUAUAUAUAUAA